AUGGGAUAAUGUGUAUGUUCUGAAACUGUACCUGUAAUUAGUGAAAUAAGCCCACUGGUAUACACUCAAAGGGCAGAAGUCAUAAAAGAGCCCUUAGUUGUUUCAGAUGAGCCUCUAAUACAAGAUGAUUUAGAUAAAUUACAAUCUCAAACAAAGACUAGAUAAACAGAGUGUUCUUUAGUUUUUGAGUUUAACAAACCAAAUUGCAAAGUAGCUAUGCAGACUAAUGAAUCGUUCUAGUCUUCUUCUCAAAAAGUCAAGGAACUUCUAGAUAAAUUGGGUUCUUAUGAAGAUGAAGGGGUAGAAACAAGUAACCAUUGUAUUUAUGAAUUAAAAAAUGGGAGUUUAUAUAAAGGAGGAUGGCUAGAGGAUUAGAAGAGCGGAAAAGGUUAAAUAUUAGUUAAAAAUGGAUCCCUUUUUGAAGGCUAAUUUUCUCAAGGAUUAGCUAAUGGAAGAGGGAGGAUGAUAUAUUGUGACGGUGAUUAUUAUAUUGGAGAUUGGGUUGAUGAUUAACAUCAUGGAUAUGGAGAAUAUUACCAUUAUGAUGGAUCUUUGUAUAAAGGUUAAUGGUUCUAAAAUUUGUAGCAUGGUCAAGGAUUCGAAUUAUUUGUUGACUAAUCUACAUAUUUAGGGGAUUUCCAGUUUGGCAAAAGAUCAGGACAGGGUAUAUAUAAGUUUAGUGAUGGAUGUAUGUAUGAAGGUGAAUUUAGAAAUAAUUAAUUUAAUGGAUAUGGGUUUAAUUAAUGUUUCAUAUUUAGUACUUUCAAUUGGACAGAUGGUAGAGUUUAUGCAGGAGAAUGGAGAAAUGAUAAAAAGGAUGGAAAGGGCAAGAUGAUAUGGGCAGAUGGAACAAUUUAUGAGGGGGAAUACAAUAAUGAUAAGAAACAUGGAUUCGGCACAUUGAGAUGGACUGAUAAUAGACAAUAUAGUGGAUAGUGGGAGGAUGGUAAAUAGAAUGGAGUUGGAGAGUACAGGAAUGCUUAGUAGGGAAGUAGGAAGGGACAUUGGAUAAAUGGAAAACGAGUGUUAUGGUUUGAUUGA